AUGGAGGAUUAUUUGGGCGAUCAUGGGGCGUUGGAUGAACCCUACUUGGGAUCCGUCAGCCAGCAGUGGAGCGUGGGAUUCUCCUCGGAAUCAGGAGAUGGGGAUCCUGGGAGCCUCGAUUGCCGAUCCAUGGGUUUAACUCCUUUCUUCCACACGACUGAGAGUAGCUUGAUUCAACUGGACUCUGACACUCUGUUCUUCCCCCAAUCAUGGUGUUCCUCUGAGAUUCCAUCCUCCACCGUGGAGACAAAGCAGGUAUGCGCCUCUCUUCUCCCAGAAAACGGCGUAUUGCCCGGUGAGGCCUGAUCAGAGGUUUGUCUCCUCCAAGGUGGGCUUCUCCCCCCCGUCUUCUCCCACCCGUGAACACAGGCUUCCCCCGCCGCCGUCAGAAUCCUCCGGCAGCCCUGUCUCAGGUUCCUCCGGAUUGACGACCCCAAUUCAAGCGAGGGUCAGAUGGACGAAGGGCCUCCAUGAAUGCUUCGUCAGGUCCGUUAAUCAGCUCGGAGGCGCAGACAGUAAGUUACAUAUAGUGAUUUACUCGUAUAAAAUCAUCAUUCCAGAUGAAUUCUCCUUCUUUCAGCGAAUUUUCGAGGAACUGUGAUUGAUAUCUCGGACCCAUUUCAUCGAUCAUCAAUCGCCCUCGCCUUGGGUUGACCUAAUGACCCGGCAAAUGAUUGAUCACAGGGGCGACUCCCAAGAAGAUUUUGGAGCUGAUGGAGUCGGACGGAUUGACGGUCUAUCACGUGAAGAGUCAUUUGCAGGUCAGCGUCUCUUCCGGCACAGAAACCUUCUCUCCGUGGUUUCCAAUGAUCUCGAUGGCAGAAGCCGAGAACGUGACGCUUGAAUCCAAACCCUUUUUGCAGAAGUAUCGGAACUCGAAGUGCAUAUCGGAGCCUCCGCGAGGUGAGUUUCUUGAUGAACCGCGCUCUGAGAAGUCUCUUCAUCAUAGUUUUUAUAAUUAUGUGGAGAUUACUUAGUUCCCCUCCAAUCUUAGAGAGAGAGAGAGCCAUAGCGACUGCAAUGUGGCAACCAAAAGGACUGAGCUUGGCUACCGAGAGAGAGAGAGAGAGAGAGAGAGAGAGAGAGAGAGGGUUUUAGUUUAAAUUUUAUUUUUUUCUCACAGUUGCAGGCAAGAGGGUCCGUUCAAAUGGCGUGCAACAGCGCAACGCCAAGGCGUGAGUCUUCACCUCCUUCAAUCCCCCACCCCCAUCAGAUCUCCAACAAUUCACGCCUCUUUCUUCUAGAGAAUUGCAGGUCUUUGAAGCCCUACAGCUUCAGCUACAACUCCAGAGGCACCUUCAGGAGCAACUCAAGGUACCGAGCAUCCACCACAUUAUCCAUUCAAGAUAUUAA